AUGGUCACGAAAGGCUAUAGAGUUUCUUUUGAAAUACUGCAUAUAAAAAGAAAGAGGGGCAAUGAGCCAGUAAUCAAAAUGCUUGGUCCAAAAUACUUGGCAUUCUUGACCAUCUUCAUACUGCUUGUACUGGAUGCAUCCAAGGAAGAGGGAGCCUGUGAAAACGGGCUUGGAGAAGACGAAGCUGAGGCAGUGCUUAAGCUGAUCAACGAAGCACGUUCAAGUCUGGCCAAAGGAGAACUCGAGGGAAAUGGAGGAAAUUUUACGGCAGCUAAAAGCAUGAAUCAACUGGCUUGGAGUUGCGAACUCGAGUCAGACGCAGCGAAACUGAUUGGCUUUUGCGACACGCCGCUGCCUUCUGAAAUCCCAAUUAUCGCAAAGGGUCUCGGCUGGAGCCACGUGUGGGCAAAUCACGAACCGGGAGACCCUGCUAUAGAAUUUGUGGACAUGGUUCAAUCGAUACUCGAUUUUAGAAUAAUUGUAAAUCCUAAAGGUCUAAGCAAUUAUUCAGACGAUGAUGAACCAUCCUUCCCUAAUUUGAUGCAAGCGGCAGCUACGAGAUUGGGCUGCACAAUCCAGCGCUGUCCACCACUAUAUGAUGAUUAUGAUGAGACCGUCAGCACAUUAUGUCUAACGGAUCGAACAUUGACGGACGGCUCUGAAGUCUAUGCAGAAGGGAGUGCUGAUGACUGUGAAUGCUCAGGAGUCUUGACAUGUAGUCCUGACACUAAGUUAUGUGAAUUGACUACCACUACCUCUACUACCACUACCACAACGACCACUACACCUACUACACCGACGACAACAACUCCUACUACUACUACUACUACCACUACAACCACCACAACAACCACAAGUACUACUACGCCAACAACAACUACCACUGCUACUACUAUUACUACACCCACAACAACCACUACUACGCCCACAACAACAACCACCGCAACUCCAACGCCUAUCACAAUUACUACAACCCCGGCUAUACAACCCUCUCCCAAUGCGGUGUUACCUAGUUCCACAGUUGCAGACAGCAUUUGUCCUGAUAACAUUUACAUGACGGAUAAGUUGAGGUUAAAGAUUUUGGAUAUGCACAACAGCCGCAGGAGUUUGCUUGCACUUGGAAAAGUGACUAAAAACACAGGUGCCUAUUUACCAGCAGCAGCAAAUAUGCGUAAACUGAGGUAUGACUGUGAGCUGGAGUUCUCAGCUAUAAAAUUCGCCAGCCAAUGUUCUAAGAUUGGUUCAACAGAAGAUACUAGAGUUGGACAGGGUGAAAAUAUGUAUCAAUUGACAGAGACAGGAGUUACGUCGUUUGAAGAGGCAGCAAGCAAGGCUGUUAAUUCAUGGUGGAAGGUAGUCCAAAUCUACCCUAGUCUUGGGUCAGCCGCUAAAUUUCGGGAAACCCACGUUGGAACUGCAAUCAUUACAUUUACACAGAUGGCAUGGGCUGCAACGCAGUACUUGGGCUGCUCAGUCGUACAUUGUUCGCCAUUUUACACCACUGUUUGCCGUUACUCUCCUAAGGGAAAUGUUGCUGGCGAAACAGUUUAUGCUCCAGGAGAUUUUUGCACUGCAUGCCCACCUGAUACCAUGUGUAACGCUGCACUCUACCUCUGCGCCCCGUGA